UGAGGAAACAAUCAUCAAUGUUAUUUAACUGAUCGACUGCCCUCGCUCGCGCCGGUAAUCCUACUCUAAGCUCAAGCAGUUCGAAACUAUUGGUGACAUGGCUGGACGAAUUUACAUUUCAUUGCUUUCGGCUUUGGCCCUCAGCCAGGUUUCCAACGCGUUGGACGCCGCUGCGGACGCGCCUGCGGACCCGACCAUCACUGCUCGAGCUAUCCUGCCGAGGCAAAACAAUGAUCGGUUUAUGGGCUGGUUAGAAGUCAGCGGGACUUGGUUCUCAGAACAAUGUAACGAAGGCCUUACUUGGUACCAAGAUGGAAAAUAUGCUCAGUGCUGCCCGACGUCGCUUGCAUCUUGCUAUGCGCCCACAGCUUGUGUUUCUGGCUCUCUCAUUUACCCAUACUCGGACAUCAGCUCCACGCGAACAAUCGGCUGUGGUGAGAACUUUGGCAACACAGCCUUCUCCAUUUGUAACACUGCUUUCAUCUUCGAGAACUUCGGUGACUCGAACCCCAAGACCGACAUUGUCUGCGGUGUCUCUUCAGUCAACUGGUCCUACUACCGCAAGAUCCCGGCCUCUGCCACCGAGAUCGUUUCCUCCGAUGCGCCAUCAUCUGCGAUCCCACAGUCGAGCGUCCCGAAUGCAGCCAACCCAUCUUCUGCAAGUGCGAGCGCAAGCAGCAGCAGCAGUACCAGUGUACCUGAGAAGAAGGAGGAGAGCUCCAAGGCCUGGAUUGCCGGUGCCGUCGUUGGCCCCAUCGUCGGUCUAGCUCUGAUUGGAGCUGGAAUCUUUUUCUUCCUCCGUCGCAAGAAGAGCAAGAAGGUCGCAGCAGCUGGUGGUCCUGGAGGACUCGGUGGUGCACCAGCAGGUGUUGCCGUUGGAGGACAACAGCCCUACACUGACGCAAAGCCCCAAAUGGCUGCCUCUCCUCAACCUGGAUACACUCAGCCCAUGGGAUCCCCAGGAUACGGCAACAACCAGGAACAGUACAACCAAUAUGGUGCCCAGCAGGCACCUCUAUCUCCUGCUCCACAGUACUCCGCUCCGUAUAAUCAGCCCGGUAGCCCCCCACCUCAGGGCCACUUCGCACCCAACGACCAGAAGCAAACUUUUGCGCAUUCGACCGACCCGGCACAGCCGCAAGCUGCCGAGCUUGGUGGUAGCGGUCCCGUCGCGGGAUCGCACACGGCCGAGUUAUCCGGAGAGCCUACCCAGCGAUAGUUUCCUGAAACUUCUUCUUAGACAUUGGCUUGUAACAUCAUCUUGGAAUGCUCUAAAUUUGACGUCGUGGCCAACACUUUGCAUAUACUCGAAUGAGUGAAAUGCCACCUCUUCGACCAGACAAUAGACCAACUUGAACCGUUGAUAGCCUCAACAGCUGGGAAAUCGGGUUCAACCAUAUCGGAUUUGGGCUUAAUCGCUUC